AUGUCGGACGUAGAAGAGAACAACGCCCCCGAGGUGGCCGAGGAGGUCGAGGUUUCCGCCGAUGCUGGCUCCAAGGGCCAGAUGUCCGUUCUGGACGCCCUCAAGGGUGUUCUGAAGCUGGCCCUCAUGCACGACGGUCUUGCCCGCGGUCUCCGUGAGGCUUCCAAGGCCCUCGACCGCCGCCAGGCCCACAUGUGCGUCCUCAACGAGGCUUGCGAGGAGGAGGCCUAUAAGAAGCUCGUCAUUGCUCUCUGCUCCGAGCACAAGAUCCCCCUGAUCAAGGUUCCCGACGGCAAGCAGCUCGGCGAGUGGGCUGGUCUCUGCGUGUUGGACCGUGAGGGUAACGCCCGCAAGGUCGUCAACUGCUCUUGCGUCGUCGUCAAGGACUGGGGUGAAGAGUCCCAGGAGCGCUCCAUCCUCCUCAACUACUUCCAGACCGAGCAGUAA